AUGGCUUGUUGGCAAUCACUUUACAGUGAAAAGAGUCUUCAUGGCAGCAUCCCUCCAAGUUUGGGUGACUGCAAAAAUUUGUUGUCAUUGAGCCUAGCACAUAACAAGCUUAGUGGGCCAAUACCUCAACUAGUUAUUGGUCUUUCCUCAUUAUCACAUUUGGACCUAUCUGAAAACUAUUUGACAAGUUCUCUUCCAGUGGAAGUUGCAAACUUGAAGAACCUUGGUUACUUGAGUGUUUCCGGCAAUAUGUUAUCUGGUGAAAUUCCCGGCACUCUUGGUAGGUGUGUAAUGUUAGAAACACUAUAUAUGGAUGGUAACUUUUUUCAAGGAACCAUUCCUUCUACUUUGGCUUCUUUGAGAGGCAUUCAAUUCUUAGAUCUCUCACGCAAUAAUUUGUCUGGACAGAUUCCAGAAUAUUUUGCAGCAUUUAAUUUAUUGCAGAAUUUGAACUUGUCCUACAAUGAUUUUGAGUGUGCAGUGCCAACAAAAGGUAUAUUUGCAAAUGCAAGUGCAAUUUCAGUCAAUGGGAAUAGCAAGCUUUGUAGAGUACCUGAAUUACAGCUGUCCUUGUGCAACUCCAUACGGUCCAAAAAGAGGAGAUUGACUCUCGCUUCAAAAUUGGCAAUUUCUAUAUGUAGUGGGCUUUUAGGGGUAUCUUUUAUGUUGUGCAUUCUAUAUAUUUGUUGGUAUAGAAAGGCAGAAAAAGAUCUUUCUUCCGUUUCACUAAAAAAAUCACUCUUGAAAGUAUCUUGUCAAACUCUUCUCAAAGCUACUGAUGGAUUGUCUUCAGGAAAUUUAAUUGGUGUUAGUAGUUUUGGGUCUGUGUAUAGAGGAAUUCUUGAACAUGAUGGAACAAUUGUUGCCAUGAAGGUACUCAACCUCCAGUGUCAUGGGGCUUCCAAAAGUUUCUUAGCCAAGUGUAAGGCCUUGAGGAACAUUAAACAUCGCAAACUUGUUAAGGUACUGACCGCAUGUUUAGGUGUUGAUUAUUAA